AUGUCAGAUUUCAACACAACUGACCUCCACAACCCGUCCACCUUCUUCCUGAUGGGCUUCUCUGGACUGGAGGGAUCUCAUGUCUGGAUCUCCAUCCCUUUAUGCAUUAUGUAUGCCAUAGCGGUCUUGGGGAACUUCACCAUCCUCUUCAUCGUGAAGAAGGAGCCGAGUCUCCAUGAGCCCAUGUACUAUUUCCUCUGCAUGCUGGCUGUCACCGACCUCACCAUGUCCACAUCCAUCCUGCCCAAAACCCUGAGCAUUUUCUGGUUCAAUUCCAGGGAGAUCUAUUUCAGUGCCUGCCUCACCCAGAUGUUCUUCCUUCAUUGCUUUACAGUAGCGGAGUCUGGGAUCUUUGUGGCCAUGGCGUUGGAUCGCUACGUGGCCAUCUGCCAUCCCCUGAGACAUUCUAUCAUCCUGACUAACCCUAUGGUGGCCAAGAUCGGCCUGGCUGUGCUGCUGCGCGGUGUCAUGCUCGCACUGCCCUACCCCCUCCUGGCGAGGCAGUGGCCAUAUUGCAGAACCAACCUCAUCGCCCACUCGUACUGCAAGAACAUAGCCCUGGUGGCGCUGGCCUGCGCCGACAGCCGUGUCAGCAAUUAUUACAGCCUCUCUGUGAAGUUCAUUGUGAGUGGUCUGGACCUGUUUUUUAUCACGCUGUCCUACAGCCAGAUCCUCAGAGUCAUCUUCAGCCUCCGCACAAAGGACGCCCGGCUGAAAACAUUUGGGACCUGUGGCACCCAACUCUGUGCCAUCUUAGUCUUUUACAUCCCAGAUCUUUUCUCCUCCGUCAUGCACCGGUUAGAUCACAAUGUGCCUCAGCAUGUCCUCAUUCUCAUUGCUAAUGUGUACAUUGUGGGGCCCCCUAUGCUACACCCAAUCAUCUACGGGAUGAGGACCAAGCAAAUCCAGGACAGGUUGUUCAGGCUCUUUACUCAUAAAAGGACCUAA